AUGAAUAUCACGAUCGACGAUGCUUCGCCUCAAUGGCAGUACAUCUCCAAGAAUGGGACAUGGAUACAGGAUCAUACAGCUGACGAUCAAACUUCAAAGUACUUCAAAGGGACAUUCAUGGGGACACAUACAGAGGGCGACUCAGCAUCAUUAAGGUUCAACGGAACUGCAAUAGUAGUCUACGGGGCGAAGAGGUUUAACCAUGGAUACUAUUCGACUCAAUUGGACGGAGGGACAGUACAAUAUCAGAAUGGUUACUCUGCUCACCAGGAUAUACAGCAGAUACUCUUCCAAGCUGGCGGAUUGGAUGCGAAUAGAGAACAUGUCUUUGUAAUAGCCAAUACACCUUCUAAAAAUACUCAAUCGCUAAAAGCAGGUGAUGGAUGGUGGUUGGAUAUCGACUAUGCUGUUGUGACUACUGCAGUCCAAGAUAAAGUAUACACCACCACGUUCGACGAUGAUUCUUCGGCGAUCCAGUAUAACGGCGGUGGAUGGGCGAGAGGUGAUCCUAACAAGGAUUAUUACAAUACGACGGGACAUGUCAGUGCAAAACCCACUGAUCUUCUGAGAUUACAGUUCAAUGGCUCGAGCAUUCAGGUUUUUGGUGGAUUGUUCACUGAUCAUGGAAAUUACUCGAUUGUCCUUGACGAUGGUCCAGAAAAAAAGUAUAAUGGAACGUACUUUAGAUUGCAGCCUCAAGUACCGUUAUACACCGCGAGCAACCUCCAAGAUGGUCCACACACACUGACCAUGAUCAAUGUUGGAGGCGGUCUCGCAGGUAACUUCCUCGAUUUCGAUUAUGCUGUUGUCAACUCAACUAUCGAUCCUUCUGAUACAUCGAGUAACCAGACCAGUACAAAUACAACUACAUCCGAUCCAGGGAGCGCGGGAUCCUCGGCUUCCAACAGUGGUUCAAGCAACGUCGCAGCUAUAGCAGGUGGAGUGGCAGGUGGAGUAGUAGGACUUGCCCUGGUGGUUGUCCUAGCUUGGUUCCUAUUUAUACGAAAGAACAAGAAUAGGGAGGGAUACCCAUAUGCCAUGAAGAAGAAGAAUCAAACACCGAUGGACUUAACGGGAGACGAAGUGAAACCUUUCCAGCAUAACAAUCAGUAUCAUUAUCCUCUUGCUUCCAACUCAUCUUCCAAUGGUAAUGAGGAUAACUUUCAACGAAAUCAACAGGAUGGACCUUCACCUAAUGGAUCGUUGAUCCAAAUGCAAGAUUCCUCUUAUCCUCGAGAAGCUGAUCAGAGUAAUAUCCCAUUCUUGACGACUGUCCCUGCACCUCCACCGUCAAGUAAUACCUCUUACCCUCGUUCGGUGAAUCCUCCAUCCUCCGUAGGACGAUCAAAUUCGUUGAACGAAAUUCAAAAUCCAUUCAGUACAGCCGCAUCAUCUGCUACGUUUGGCCAUGGACAAGGAUAUACCGACAGUCAACCUGAUCUUAUGCCUACUACACCUGCAAGUGCGCCGAGAAAUACCCAAAAGACUCAAGGUGUACAAUUACCAUUUACCGCUUUACCUCCUAUACCGUCUUCCGACCUAUCUUCCAUGGAUGAAUUACCUUCACCACCCCCACCCUUGAGAGAACGGGAGCAUUCGAUAUCAUCGGUCAAUCAGAGGAUGUACGUACCUGGCAGAGAACAGGAUAUAGGACCUAUACCUAUCAAUAAUGAUGAUGAGAGCGAUGAGAUUCAUGGUCAUGGGGUUUUACCGCCGGAUUAUAGUCAGGCGACUGAACCUUUACCUGGACAACGACCUCGACCACCACCAUAG